UCUAGUUAUGUUACUCACACAUCUUUCUAUUUCCUGGCAGGUUAACUUAUUCAAGUCAAGAUGGUUAACUUUGGGAAAAAGUUGACGGCCGACCAAGUUCCAGAGUGGAGAGGCUACUAUAUAAACUACAAGCUCAUGAAGAAGAAAGUUAAACAAUACGGACAGCAGCUCCAACAGGGUGAGAAAGACCGCCGCCGGGUUCUCAAGGAUUUCUCGAAGAUGCUUGAUGAUCAGAUUGAGAAGAUUGUCCUAUUUCUGUUGGAGCAACAAGGAAUGCUGGCAAGCAGGAUAGAAAAGCUAGGAAAACAAAGGGCGAUACUGGCAGAACAGCCAGAUAUAUCGGGUAUUGCUGAUUUGCGAGAAGCUUAUAGAGAAGUUGGUCUGGACCUUAUCAAACUUCUUAAAUUUGUCGAUCUGAAUGCAACUGGCAUUAGGAAAAUUUUGAAGAAGUUUGAUAAGCGCUUCAGUUACAGAUUUACUGAUUACUAUGUGUCAAGUAGAUCAAAUCACCCGUACUCUCAGCUGCAGCAGGUCUUUAAGCACGUGGGUGUAGGAGCUGUUGUAGGAGCCUUGUCACGUAACCUUGUUGACCUUCAGGAGCGCCAAGGAAGUUAUCUAUCUAUUUAUGACCAACCAACUACUGCUCUUAAGGACCCCAUCAUUGAUAUGAUAAACUCAUCAGUGGAUAAGUUAACGCGCUCAACUAAUUUUCUGCGGUUUUUGGGACAACAUGCCCUAAUUGCGCAUGAGGAGUCUCCUAGUACCGCAGGAGAGGAAGAAAUAGAAGACCAGAAAUAUCAUUUCAUAUCUCUUAUGUUGAAUUUGGUGAACACAUUUCUGUACAUGGUCAACACAUACAUCAUUGUGCCAACUGCAGAUGAUUACUCAGUGAGCCUUGGUGCUGCUUCUACUGUUUGUGGUGUUGUUAUUGGUUCAAUGGCUGUUGCACAAGUAUUCUCCUCAGUGUACUUCAGUGCAUGGUCCAACAAGUCAUAUUUUAGACCACUUGUGUUCAGCAGUAUUGUUCUUUUCUUGGGGAAUGUUUGCUAUGCAAUGGCUUACGAUAUGAACUCCCUGACAGUCCUUAUCAUUGGCCGCCUACUCUGUGGGUUUGGUUCUGCAAGAGCUGUCAACCGUCGGUACAUUAGUGAUUGUGUCCCUGCAAGGAUACGCAUGCAAGCUUCAGCAGGGUUUGUAAGUGCAAGUGCACUUGGCAUGGCUUGUGGGCCAGCGCUGGCUGGUUUACUUCAGUGGAGAUUCAAGAUUUACAUGGUUACAUUCAGUCAGUCAACUCUACCUGGUUGGUUGAUGGCAGUUGCAUGGCUACUGUACUUAGUUUGGCUAUGUAUCUCUUUUAAGGAACCAAAUCGUGCUGAUGAGGUCUAUGAUACCCAACAAAAUACUGCUUCUGGACAACGAGUGGAUAUCGAGCAGGUUGAAAAUGGACUUGCACAGCCAUUGCUUGGAAAUUCUGAGACUAAAGAAAAUGAAGAAGAAGAUGAUGAUGAUGAUGAUGAAGAAGACGAUAGUGAAGAAUGUGCGCAAGAUUCUCGGAAACCUGCAACUUCGAUUGGUUCAGCAUACAGAUUGCUCACUCCAUCAGUAAAGGUCCAGUUGUUGAUAUACUUCAUGCUCAAAUACGCAAUGGAGAUUUUGCUUUCUGAGUCGAGCGUUAUUACCAGUCACUACUUCAAAUGGAAUACAAGCGCAGUGGCAAUAUUUCUGGCGAUUCUUGGCUUGACAGUACUGCCUAUUAACGCCGUUGUUGGGACAUACAUCAGCAACAUGUUUGAGGACAGGCAACUCUUGAUGGCUUCUCAAAUUAUGCUGCUCGUAGGCAUUAUUUUCAGCUUCAAAGUCACGAGUACAUACUCUGUCGUCCAGUAUGUCAUUUCAGCUCUCAUUACAUUUGUGUCUGCUGAAGUUCUUGAAGGUGUCAACCUCUCCCUCCUUUCGAGUGUGAUGUCAUCACGCCUCUCCCGUGGAACCUACAACGGCGGUCUCCUCUCAACGGAGGCUGGGACCCUGGCGAGGGUGGUUGCUGACUGCACCAUCACCGCAGCAGGAUACCUGGGCAUCGGGAGCCUCCUCAAUGUCACCCUGUUGCCCUCGCUGGUGAUCUGCGCUGUGUCGAUUGCAUGCACCUUCUUGACCUACAACUCCCUCUUCUGAUCUGAUUUCUGAAAUCUAGCUGGCCACU